CAAGGGAGAGUUGAUAUUUGUAAAGAUGGCGCUGGCUAAUGUGUUGAAGAGUGAGUGUGCGGAUUUUGAACAGCCUUUUUCAUUCGGCUGUGGAUUCAACGACACUGAUCUCGGUUUCGGUGAACCUUCAGGCGACCGUCUGAAUUUCUCCGUGAAGUCCUUUGAAGGAGAAGAAGAUGGAAUUGAGAGAAAAAUUGAGUUUCUUCACGGGACAACCACCUUAGCCUUCAAAUUUCAGCAUGGCGUCAUCGUAGCGGUGGACUCCCGAGCGACAGCUGGUUCGUACAUUGCAUCUCAGACAGUGAAGAAGGUCAUCGAGAUCAACCCCUACCUGCUGGGCACCAUGGCGGGUGGAGCCGCCGACUGCAGUUUCUGGGAGCGCCUUUUGGCAAGGCAGUGCCGCAUCUACGAGCUGCGCAACAAGGAGCGUAUUUCAGUAGCUGCCGCCUCCAAGCUGUUGGCUAACAUGGUGUACCAGUACAAAGGAAUGGGCCUGAGCAUGGGCACCAUGGUCUGUGGCUGGGACAAGAGGGGGCCAGGGCUCUACUACGUGGAUUCUGAAGGGAACCGGGUAUGCGGUGAUAUGUUUGCUGUAGGCUCAGGUUCGAUGUAUGCCUACGGAGUCCUCGACAGUGGCCAUCGGAAUGAUCUGACCAUCGAGGAGGCCUGCGAUCUUGGCCGGCGUGCCAUCUACCAAGCCACCUACCGUGAUGCCUACAGCGGCGGUCAAGUCAACCUUUACCGUGUACACAGUGAAGGCUGGGAGAGAGUCUCGCAAGAUAACGUACUCGAGCUCCACCACCAAUACCAGAGUCAGAAGGCCUAGGGAGAUGAACGGGUCAGGAGGGGUGGGUUAGUGACAGAAGAUAAUAUGGUGUUUUGUGGGUUUCAAACAGUGUAACACAAGUACAGUUAAGAGUGCAAGUGGAAGGACCAGGGGUCGAACAUUUGGUCCUAUGUUAAUAUGUUCAUUUCUUUCUUGUAACACAUCAGUUAAACCUGGAAGAAAUUGUGGCGCUUAAUUAGACCCUAGAAAUGCUGAAGUUCUUGAAUCUCUGUAACUGUAUUGUAACCCAUUUACAUUUACCACGGUCUCAUUUUCAUUUAUUUUUCUCGCAAUAUGUUUGUUGAGUAGCUCAGUGCUCGUAUGUCAUUGUGCUGCAGUUCCUCAUGUUUGGUGUGAUAAAUAUUACACAUUGCAUCUUAGUGGCCAUAUCGAGCUAGCCAGCUUUGUCAAAGCACGAGUUCGCUUAAUUACUUCUCACUACAUACAUAACUGUUAAGAACACUUAUAAUAAACUCUGGGAUUGUUUUUGCUA